AAUGUUUAUAUUUUGGAAAUAAAAAAUGAAUACGUUACAUCUAAAAGUUUAAAACGCAAUGACGUAGUACGUAUUGGAACGUCAAUCAAAGGUCUCUCACAGUUGAUUGGCUGUUCAGGGUUUGUUAGGCUCGUCGCUAGGAUACAGUGGACAAUACUUUCCCGGACAACACGUACGUUUAUUGAUAUGUACUCAAUGAUUUUAUGUAGUUUUAUAUAAAUACGCUUAAAAUGUCCGAUAACGAGGAAGGACCAGGGCCGAAGAGUACCUUCAGCACAUAUGUAGCUGAAGGUGACCAGCUGUUUCAGAAGGGAGAGUAUGUCAAAGCUACUGAGAGCUUUUCCACGGCUUUAAGUUUGCAGCCAGAUGAUAAAAACUGUCUGGUCGCCAGGUCUAGGUGUUAUUUGAAACUAGGGGAUGCAGAAAGCGCGCUGAAAGACGCCGAGACCUCCCUCAAAGACAACAAAGACUUCUUCAAGGGUCUGUAUCAGAAAGCAGAAGCUCUCUACACUAUGGGCGAUUUUGAGUUUGCAUUGGUCUACUAUCACAGAGGCAAUAAGCUGCGUCCAGAGCUGCAGGAGUUCAGGCUGGGAAUCCAGAAAGCUCAAGAGGCAAUCGACAACUCAGUGGGCAGUCCUUCCUCUGUGAAGUUGGAAAAUAAAGGAGACUUGUCUUUCUUCCACAAGUCGAAUGGGGUUCGUCCCAAGCAUUUGAAUCAUUCUAAUAAGAGGGAAUCCAAAAAGCAUGCCCAGAAGAGGGACAAAAAUGAAAAAACAGCCAAGGAACUUCUGGGAGAGCUAUACAGUGACAGAGAAUACUUAGCGAAACUUUUACAAGAUGAGGAUCUUAUAAAAGGUAAGAUACGAACUGGCGAGCGUGUUCAAGAUCUGAUCGUAGGCUGUAUCUCAUAUCUGGACACGCGGACGGCAUUUUGGCAGCAGCAGAAGCCUAUCUAUGCUCGUCAGCGAGACAGGAAACUCAUGCAGCAGCAGUGGAACCGGGUUCGUCACAAGCCUCCCUCAGACCCCACUCGAUACGUCCUUGACAGUCUGGAGGAGAUUGACACAGCUUUGAGUUCAGGCAACACGGAAAUCGGUCUGAAGAAGGCCCGUGAACUCAUGAAGGUGGUGAAGGAGUGGUCCGGGGAAGUGCUUCCCAAUAAGAGAGAAGUGCUUGGGAACCUACACAGCUGCAUAGGCAAUGCACUUAUAGAUCUUGGGAACAUAGACAAGGCUCUCCAUCAUCAUGAGAAGGAUCUGGAGCUGGCCAAGAAAGGCGACCUGAUGGACAGUAAAUCCAGGGCCCUGGACAAUAUUGGCCGUGUGUAUGCACGGAUUGGCAAGUUUCAACAAGCUAUAGAAGUCUGGGAGGAGAAGCUGCCUCUAGUAUGUGGCGGGUUAGAGAAAGCCUGGUUGUUCCAUGAGAUCGGUCGCUGUUACCUAGAGCUGAAACACUAUGGCGAAGCUCGCAACUAUGGCUCCCGCUCACUCACGGCUGCGGAUGACAUCAGCGACGAAAAAUGGCAGCUCAAUGCCAGUGUGCUCAUGGCACAGGCAGAAUUGAAGCUGGGUAACUACAAGGCCUGUGUGUUUCACUUUGAGAGGGCACUGGACCGGGCAAAACUGCUGCAGGACGACUCUGCCAGCGAAGCCAUCCAAAAGGCUCUUCGAGAAGCAAGAAACAGAGUGGCUCAGUAAAAUAAGAAACCCCUCUGAACAAAAUGGCUGCAAUCGACUUCCAUCCACCUACAAGACAAGUCAGAACUAAUGCAUCCCUACUGGGGGAAUAAAGUUUGCCUGAGGAACAUGAUGCUGGAUUGCAGGAAUUACUUUAUGACUGCCUUUUCUGUGCUUGUUUCCAUAUAGAUAAAUUGAUGUUUUGAAUAGUUUUACAUAAAUAAACUGUCACAGUUUCAGAGGUAUAACAAA